UCCGGAGUGGCCAGAGCAUCGGGGUUGGAUCCGAAAGUGAUUAACGUCAGAGUUGGUUUUUAAAACGUGGAGUGGAUCACUAUUUCUGUCACAUGACUUUAUCACAUGUCACAUGAGUUUUAUCAGUGUAUUAUCUAGGGUAACUGCUCCAGUUUUCGGUAGUGUACCUAUUUUCGGCAGAUCGGCAAAAAUAGCAAAAUUAUGGGAAAAAUCGCAAAAGAAAUGAUCUUUAAACUACUUUUAAAGGAAUAAAUCAUUGUUUAUUCUUUAAAUACGAAGUUUUGACACAUUUAGAUCGAUAUUUACCGAAAUAUCGAAUUAUAUGUGCAGAGCUCAAAACAUUUCUUCAGAUUGGCUUUGUGCCGAUAGUUCGGCAGUUCUGAGAUUUAGCAAACUAGAGCUUAAAAAAUUGGGAUUUCGAUUUUUCUGAACAAUAAAAUUAGUUUAAAACUUAUUCAAAGCUCAUUGAUAAUUUAAAAAUCCAAUAAAUGGUUAUUUUUUCACUUUAAAGGCUGCCGAAAAUAGGUACAUGGAAAAUGUUGAUUUUUGACAGCUCAAUCCAGUGCAAUUUCAGAGCGAUUAUCGAGAGACGUCAAAAUCUGGCAGUUUCAUAUCCAAAAUGGGCAACAUAAAAUGAAUUAUUUAACUACUUUUUAUCAUGAAUUUAAGCAGAGUAAGAGUACAAAAUUGUUUGAAAUAUUUUCCUUUAACUAAUUACACCUAUUCGAGAGUUUCAAAUCGUCUAUUCGUGAUGCCGAAAAUAGGAACACAGCCUGCCCAAAAUAGGUGCAUUCUGCCCAAAAUAGGAGCAAAACCAAUGUUUGCAUUUUUACUAAUAUUUCUAAAAAACUGGGUUUAAUUAACAAAUCAUGAAUGCUGAAACAUUCUUUGAUAGUUUUACAACCAAAAUAAUACCACCUUCAUUCAAAAUAUUAAGUUUAAUAGUUGUAUUUGUAUUUUUUUCUGAUCAGCUGCACUAACGUGCCGAAAACUGGUACAGUUACCCUACUUCAUCUGGAGCAGAGGUCGAGAAAUGGUUCAAAUAAUUUGUAAACAAUUUAAUCUUGAAAAUUAUGUAUUUUAUCAUUCAUAUAUUCAUAUAUUUAUAUUUUUCGCUAUUUAUUUAGUUAUAUGAGCUUUAUUCACCAGAAAAAUUUUGUACUUAAAAAUAAUAAAAUAAAAUUACAAAAAUUAGGAAAAAAUCGAUAAAAAAAACAUUAAAGUGUUAAAUCAUUUAAAAUUAUUGAAAUUAUACACAAGUGGAAAUCCAAAACGUAAUAGAAAAUAGGGUAAAUGAAAAAAAUGAAAUAAAUAAUUUCAAUCAACUGUUUUCUGUUUGCCCCCAUCCGCACCUGUCAAGCAUAUUCGCGUCACAUGGAGAGGCCACUAAACAACCUGACAAACACACACAAAAAAAAAAACACUUUCUAAAACAACUUCACCUUCAUCCGCAAGACGGCAACCCACGACAACUUCCUCGUACGCGGGGCUAGCGCAUCAGUCGAGGUUUUCCACUUUCGACAAACAAAUUAAAUACCGAAAACGGAAAAAGAAAAUCCCGCAUCUCAAUUAGUGUAGCUAUGUGUUUGUGCCAAGAAUAACCAGCUGCAGAAUUGAAUGGCGAGCUUCGUUUAGCUUCUUUUGUUUUUCUCGGUUCGUCUCCCAAGGCAGUGUUGCAGCAAGCAGAAACAUGGUGCUAAAGUGUACACUAUCAGUAUUGGUUUGUAGUUUAAUGUUUACCCUCGCUGCCAGCCAGCUGCUGGACAAUCGGUGCUAUCUGGACGGUGGUGGAUCGGCUGUUAACUUCUUUGCCAACGAGGACAUCACGGUCGGUGCUGUGGUCGGCAGCUUGCGUGUGCUGGGUGACCCCGGGAAGGAUAUUGUGCUGACGCUGCGGGAGAAAGACUCACCCGUGUACAUUGCACCCGGUACGAAGGACUUAAUUGUGGCCAAACCGCUAGAUAAGGAGGGCCUGAUUGGACCGUCGGCCGUGUUUGUGAACGUGAUUUGUGAGCGCAAGUUCUCCGACGAGGCGGGUAUUAUCAUUCCGGUGAAUAUCCGAGUGACGGACGUGAACGAUAAUGCGCCGAUGUGGAUUGGUGCUCCGUACAAGCUGAACCUCUCGGAAGUAACCGUCAUUGGAACGAGAAUUCUGCAAGGCAUUCGAGCACACGAUCUGGAUCAGCCUGGACCGUACUCGACCGUCGAGUACCAAACACUGCCAGGCCCGUACAGCGACUACGUCGCGUUCGUAACACCGCUCGAGGGUACGCUCGUCCUCAAGAAGUACAUCGACUACGAAACGGUGCAAAACUUUACGGUGAAAAUACGCGCCCAGGACCAGGGCAAACCGCCCAAGUACUCGGACACGUUCGUCACGAUUCGUGUGCUCGAUUCGGACGAUCAGAAUCCCAAGUUCGAUCGGGACGUGUACUACGGUCAGCUGCUGACCGAGCAGGGCGACAUUAGGGUGAGCCCGGAAGCGAUACGGGCGGAAGAUCAGGAUCGUGGCAUACGGGCCGAUAUACGGUACUCGAUCGUAUCGUCAAACGGGUCGGAGGAUGAGCUUAACUUCGAGAUACAUCCCAACACGGGCAACAUUCGGCAGACGCGUGCGUUGGCCGCCGUACAAGCACGCCAUUCGCGUACGAUCGUUGUAAAAGCGACCCAAGUGGAUAAUCCCGAUCGUUACGCACUGACCACGGUGAUCCUGUCACCGCCGAAGGGUGUUGAAACAUCACUGAGCGUUCUCAGCGUUCAGCCACCGGUUGGUGGAGCAGAGUUUGUACGCGGCACGUUCUACGCCACGGUCCGGGAGGACGCCAAACCCGGCACUAAGGUGUCACAACUGACAAACCACGGAAAGGGUGCUGAAGAAAACGUCCGGUACGGAAUCGUUGGAUCACCGCUGGCUCAGGAACAGUUUCGUGUUGGCCCGAGUGGAGAGAUCAUGCUUGCGAAGCCACUCAACUACCGGCGUACGCCGCAGUACAGCUUUGCGAUCGAAUCCAGCACACCGGGCUCGGACCGGAACACCAGCACGACGGUUGUGAUCGAUGUGCUGCCAGCGAACAUGUGGGAACCUCGCUUCCGGAAACCGUUCUAUUCGUUCGCGAUCGAGCAUCCAAUGCACGUACAGCAGCUCCCGAUGCUGGUGGGACGGAUCGAGGCGGCGGACGGUGACCGGACGGACGAGCUGUCCUUUGUGCUGAAGGGCAACUACAGCAACCUGUUCCGCGUUGAUCCGUACGGCAAUCUGUGGCUUGUGUCGAACCGAACCGAUCUUCCGGUGGCGAUGCGAUUGCUUGCAACCGUAACCGACACGGGAACACCACCGAAAUCGGCCACCGUGCCAGUGGUCGUGAAGCUGAAGCCGGCAACCGCUUCCCUAACCUCGAACCUGCUCAUCGUGAAUAUCGUUGUCGCGUGUGCACUUGGGUUGCUGCUGAUAGGUGGCUUUGUGCGGUGUGUUUAUCGACGCCGCAAGCGAAAGGUUUCGUCCGCGGAACAGAUUAUCGGGCACGGUGUUGGUGGUGUACCGCCGAUGAAGCACGGUGUCGAUUCUAGCCGGUUUCUACUGCAACGGGUGGACCAACGAAUGCCACCGUCAAUGCACACGAGUGGGCGGCUGACGGACUGUGCCGCUUCCUCUACGCUGGGCAGUGACAAUCAGGAUUUUAUGGAUCACGAAGGAGCUCCUAGACGGCCUCAGAUACACAACACGAGGGCGCUUGAGCGGGAAGAACUUGCCGGGCAGAAUCUAAAUCAUCUGCUGCUGCAAUGGCAGGAAAAGUACGACGAAAAGAACAAUGGCACGGAAGACAUGUCGAUCGACGAUAAGUUGAUCGUGUACUUCUAAACAUACCAAAGCUUCACAGACAGCUAAACCAAACGCAGACUGACUACUGUACUCCUGAGAUCACAUGCUGCAACGGGACCACCGGGAUCCUGGUCUUUUACAAGCACCGCUCCACCGUUUUGAUGGGACUGUUGAAUCGAUACUUGCCAAUAUCUGUGCUGCACCGUCCGACUCAUUUUUGAGGACUCCAGGUUUUUGUAUUAUUUAUUUUACUCCUAAUGAUCUAGCUCCUUCUUCAACCCUUGGACAAUAAAGCAAAGCGAUAUAGCUAGUGGUACUUGCUAAAAGAUUGAA